UGGAGGAAGGGGGGGGUUGUUCUGGGAAGAUAUCUCCAUCUAAGCCCUGCGCUAUAAUUGAAAUGGCGCAUUUGGCUGCAGGCAGGUUGUGAGGGUGCUUUCUGCAGCAUGCAUGCAUGUCCAUAGACGUCAUUUGAUUUUAAUGGCCUGCAGGAAAUUUGGCGUUACAACUCCAGACAUUAAGGCAAGAGAGAGAGGGAGAGACAGAGAGAGCGGGGACACGGGGAAAAAUCACCGCAUGAAAGAUAUUGGUUCAAGGAUAUCUCUUCAUUUUCAACAUAUUUUUCUACUGGGACUUUAUCAACAAGUUACUGCGCCUUUAUUGCAUGUUGCCUGAGUGAAGGACUAUGGGAGCUCGCCUGGUUUUAAACUUUAAAUUUAAACUGGAGAUGGAAAUGUAUGCCUACUAGCUGGAACUGCCUGGGGAACUAUUACAUCAGACGAAAUGACAAUGAUUAAAAUCUCUCUAAACCUAUUGAGCGACUAACAGUUGCCUGUUAGGUUUCCAACCCCCAUCUAAAUCACAACUUCACACCGUUAAGGGGAACGAUCUACUUUUGCCGGGUAAAAAAAUAAGAUAAGUUAUUAUAUCUGUGCAGUCAUAAUUUCGGGAAUAAGGGGGUAUCACGUUUUCUUCCUUGAGAAAAUUGCCGGGGCGAGAGAGUGGAGUUGAGCUAAUUGUAGCCUAAUCCCUGGCCCAGAGGCGCUUGGGCAGCCCGGAGCAAGAAUUUUCUUUUUUAGCUCUGCUCUGUUAUUUAGAGACGGAUUAUUGGCUUUCUUCUUCUCAUAACAAACCACAGGGGCAGUUUCAUUUAGGCAAAAAAGCAGACAAGAAGCUGAAAUACGAAGCAGGAUCCCAACAAGAGCGCACAUUUUUACGCGUAUCCAAAUAAGAGCACAGAAGGGGAAGGAGAUCAUCUCAUCUAUGUACAAGGAGGGAAGAAGCAUGUCACGGCUGUCUCUGACCCGGUCCCCGGUCUCUCCACUGGCCGCUCAGGGGAUCCCUCUGCCGGCUCAGCUAACCAAGGCGAACGCCCCGGUGCACAUCGAUGUCGGGGGACACAUGUACACCAGCAGCCUGGCGACCCUCACCAAGUACCCAGACUCAAGAAUCAGUCGUCUGUUCAAUGGCACCGAGCCCAUCGUGUUGGACAGCUUGAAGCAGCACUACUUCAUAGAUCGGGACGGCGAGAUAUUCCGCUACAUUCUCAGUUUCCUCAGGACCAGCAAAUUGCUCCUUCCAGAUGACUUCAAGGACUUCCACCUGCUGUAUGAGGAGGCGCGCUAUUACCAGCUGACACCCAUGAUCAAGGAGCUGGAGCGCUGGAAGCAGGAGCGUGAGCAACGACGGAUGGCACAGCCCUGUGACUGCCUGGUGGUUCGCGUCACACCCGACCUGGGCGAGAGGAUCGCCUUGAGUGGGGAGAAGGUCCUCAUCGAGGAGAUCUUCCCUGAGACUGGAGAUGUUAUGUGUAACUCAGUCAAUGCCGGCUGGAACCAAGACCCAACGCACGUCAUCCGCUUCCCCCUCAAUGGCUACUGCAGGCUCAACUCCGUCCAGGUUCUGGAGCGCCUUUUCCAGAAAGGUUUCAGCGUGGCAGCAUCUUGUGGAGGCGGCGUGGACUCAUCCCAGUUCAGCGAGUACGUGUUGUGUCGUGAGGACCGGCGGAGUCUCUCCAUCAACACUCCCAUCAGGAUAAAACAGGAACCCCUGGACUAGAGCAUUCUGGGAGAGGGACUGCCAACUCCCUUCCCCAACACUCCUUCCAUCUUCUCACACCAACCCAUCCUGCCUAUCCCUAGCCCCCUCCCAGCCCUAACAGAACCACCCCCAACAUACCUAAGUAUUAGCAGAGGCUUGUUAACCUCGCCAGCUCUGCAGAACUCUAAGGGGAAUGUAGUACCAAACAAAGGAAAAAAAGCAUCAGCAGCAAAAGUUUUUGAUUAUAUUAAAUAACGCCCAAAGAAUCUGGGACUGUGAUGAAAACAACAACAACGACAAAUGGACUCAACAGCAGCUCACUUGAACCAUUUUAGCAUCAUGACUGGUUGAUUUAUCCCUCAUCUUCUUAUGAAACUGGUGCCCUGACCCUUUUUGGAGUGACACAACUUGCCCCUCCUUGAAUCCUAAUUGACUCCACUCCCCAGCACACACACACACACACACACACACACACACACACACACACAGACACAGACCCCGUCCUUCUACCCCUCUUUCAGUUGUGUAUCAUCCACUUCUGUGUCUGUAUGAGGCCCAUGACUUGUCUGAGUGGUGACAAGUCUGUCUUGCUGUGGGACAAGGACGCUUUGGCAGACAGGACACUGUUAAGGAUAACAGGAAGAGGACACAAUCCCAUCUCGUGAGUCCCCCAAUUCCCAGACGUCGUGACCCCCACCCCCCCCAAAUCCCAUCCCACCUCACUCCACAGGCCUCACUACAGACAGUGUGGCCUCGCUGAAAACAGCUUUGUUUGCCAAACUUGAUUGUUUAUUACAAUUUUCAUUGUUGUUUCUAAAGUAUGUUCUUCUUGCUCUUUUUGCUGUUCUUAUCAUGACAUGGUGUAAACAAUUAUUAUUAAUAGGAUUAUUUUUAAAUGUCUCUUUUUUCCUUUCUCCAAUAUGAAGGAUGUAUGAACGUUGUAUUCAUUAGGCUUUGAGAGCUUGUGAGGGAGCGUUUCUUGGCAGUAGCUGCAGAAACUCAGAUGUCUGCAGGCUAUGUGGCUAAAGCGAUCUGGCUGGCAAUGCAUUCAGAGCCGGAAAAAAGUCCCAUUGUUCAAACGGGGAUGGAAGAGAACCUGGAUGUUUCGACAUUGUUUAUAGUCAAAUGUGUAGCACACAUAAAAAAGUGCUCUGGAAUUUCUGCUUAUUAGCUCUAAAACAUAUCUCGGGUCUCUGAUCGGAUUCUCUCUCACGAGCAUAAACCUUUGUUCGUUUUUAGCAGAAGUUUAAGAAAUUUCGGAAAAUUUGAAAUUCAGGUUGAAGUUGCACAAGCUCUAAGUGUACUGCAGUUUUGCUGAGUUAGAAUGUUAAAGACCUAAGGGCCAACGUGGAGAGCUGACGUUUACCAGUAUGUCUUGUGAUCAGCAAGAGACGUACUCUAAAUGCUUAAUGUUUCUUUGCACUUAAACAUUUCCUACAGAUCUGCCCUGACCUGUUCCCACCAAACAUUUGUUUGAACCCAGUGACCAGUGCCAAGUCAAGCUGUUUAUCUUCUCGUGUUUUAGCAGACUAGAACCUUAAAACAUUUAAAACAGGCAACAGAACAAAUACUGUAGGCGCCAAAGGAGACAAGGUGCCUAUUUUGUUGAUUGUAUAAACAUAGAGACGUCAUCGCUUCUUAGACACAAUGCAUUAUUCAAAGGGGCACCGACAUUUGUUCCUCCAGGCCUCCAGGCUUCGGUCUUGACAGUUUUGUUGAGAAUAGCUCACAGUACCUCCAAACAAAGUUUGAGAGACAAGGUCUUUGUUUGUUUCAAUAUUGUCACUUUUAAGCCAAGAUUAUUUCAGUGGCUCCUCACAUGUAUGUAUGGCAGAACCCAAAGUGAACUGUACUCAGCAUGUUAUUCACAAAGAGGCGAGUGGGCGGCAUUUACUCUCUCCUGCUCUCAUUCUUUUGGUCUUAUUCUCAACAUUUCUGGAUCAAAGACAGAAACAAGAAAGGCCAAGUUUUCAUGCUUUAUAUUUGUGUGUAACUUACAGAUGCUGUUUCUUCCAUUCCAAAAGACUGAUAAAAAAAAGAAGAAGCCCAUUCUGAUCUUUGCAGGCCAUGGCAAAUAUUUGAGUUUAACUGGGGUUGUUUUUAUAAACUAGUUGUUCGUUAAAAAUGGGUGGUAGUUCUUCUGACCACGUUGUCCUAAUAAACUGCUCUCCCCAGAUGGCCGCUGAUUAAACAACGCCAAUGAGUGGAUAAGGAUGAGUUUGGUUUAAGUGUAGCUCCCGGUCCAGCUCGCUCCUGCCUGGGGCUUUCUCUCACAAUCAAGCCCAUCUUUGUUCUGACCUGCCAGUGGCCUGCGCCUUUGCAUCCAGUCGCCUCAAAGGGAAUGGUCAACCAGGCCUUUCAUGUGCAGAGGCAUGUUGGGCUCUCCACAGCGCUCCUCACCCCCCUCCGCCUCCCCGAAGGCUCCCAGCUCAGUGGUGCCAAUAGAAACUUGGGUUGCACCCCCUGCUGCUGUGUCAUCCCCAUGCCCUGGUUUUCAAAACGCCCUUCUAUGCCGUGGCUUGCUGGACCACACCGCAACAAGGCAAACAAACUGAUGAGUCAAAUGUGUGCAUACUCAGAGCAUAGUGUACAGCCAGGCGACUUGGCUCUGCUGCCGAUCCGGAGAUCUUUGAUCCAGUUUGAUAUGAGGUGGGUUAGAUUUUGAGGAAACGGGUGAAAAAGGAAGUGUGUACUAAAACCACACAUGUGCAAGAAUGACCUUUUUCAGGGAGGAAGGAAAGAAGGCACAUUUUCUCACUGAUGUGGCAUUUUGAAAUCACAGAAUGGGCUGUUAACAGGGUUAAAGAGAGGAGUCAUGUAUACGUGAAUAAAAACAGAAAUGACCGUUCAAACAUCGUCUUACACGAAAAAGAAAGAAAAAAAAUGCAGUUCUGGGUUUCUCUGUCUGCAAUAACCAAACCUGGGGUGCCCCCUUUCAACUCUGCGUAUACGUGGCAGGUUAACUACAGAGCUAUAGACAAACUCGACAGGACUGGAAACUUCACAGACAUGUUCACACAUGCCCUUUCAGACAAAGUACUGGUCAGUGUUUCAGCCACACGGCAUUCACUCCACCUCUGAGGCGGGUCAGUUGUACAGUUAUUGUAUAUUGAAUUAUCAGGACUCUGGGUCUUACGAGACCCUCGUGUUUUUAAGAGACCUCUUAGUCCUCUUCACAAAAAGAAUGAAAAGAAUUCAAAGCAUUACAUUGUGUACAUAUGGAUUAAGACAUUUCAAAGGGUAUCAUAAGGUGCAAAUGUAUAUUAUUUAAAGUGUUUAAAACAAUUAGACUGUGGUAUUAAAGGGCAUGUGUUAAUUUACAGUGUCUCCAUUUGACUUUUCUUGCAUAUUUGCGAUAAUAAAAGGAUGUACUGUA